ACCGCCAAUGCCGCUGCACCGCCGUCGCCCCCAACGCCGCUGCUCCAGCCCUCCCUCCCUUCCUCCGCUACCGCUCUCACCAUCCCUCCCUUCCUCGCCGCUAGAUCUGUCCAUCCUUUCGAUUUGUGGUUCGGUUGUUCAAAUCCUCACGACGAGGAGACGGACAAGGUAUGCAACCCUUUGUAUACGUGAGAAUCCAGGAUGCCUAUUCAUUGCUACCAACUGUGAUGCAAUAGGACACAUGACUGAUUUACAAGAGUGGCUUGGUGCAGGAUGUAUGGUUGCUGCCAUUUGUGGAUCAACUGAAAAGGAGCCAAUCAUAGUUGGGAAACCAUCUACAUUUAUGAUGGAUUUCUUAUUACAGAAAAUUUUAUAACGGCUAGUUUCUUUUUCAAUCUUUAUGGAUGCUUAUAUAUACAACUCAUGGAUGAUCAAGGAGAGGCUAAUGGACGAAAACGAGAUGAUCUAGCAAUUGCAAACAAUUUUAUUCGAGUUUACAGUGUUUGGGCUUUCAUUGUUUUAUUUUUUUUUCUCUAAGGUUUUGUUGUUCUAUCAUUAUAAAUUUAUUGUUAAGCCUUGUUUUUCAUUGUGAAAGAACUUGUAACUAAGAGUGUUAAUUCUUAGCUUAUCUCUUUCAUUUGUAUCGUUUCUAUUUUCCUAACUUGUGUAGUUAGAGGACUCAUUAAAUUGGGAGGUUGUAUUUUUCCUAACAGUAGCUAAAAGGCCCAUUAAAUUGGGAGGUUGUAUUUCUAGCAUGUAUAGUUAGAGGGUCUUACUUGUGUAAGUAGGAGAUUUUAGUGAAUUAGUUUAAAAUCCUUAGUGGGAGCUAAGGUAGUGGAUUAGGCUUGAUUUAAGCCGAACCACUAUAAAAUUCUUUGUGUCUUUUAUUCUUCUUGUUUUA